GUGUCGAGGUGUCCAGAGCUUAACGCAUCACUUCCUGAAGCACCACUCAGUGGGCUACACACCACCACUCUUUGUCCUUUCUCCAAGGUUGACCGAUUACUUUUGGUGUUCAGAGUCUGCUUUUGUUUCUAGCACCAUUUGAAAUCGGUUACAGUGAAGGACCAAUCUCAUUUUACCCUGAGAAGGAUUUUGCAAUCUGCAGACUGUAGAUGGACAAAGCAAUUACUGUGUUUAAUUACAAGGGUGGAUUGAUGUUUUCAGUGGAGAAACAAGUAUUCAAAUACUUUACUUAAGAAGUAAAAGUUGCAAUAACAAACUUUAAAUAAACUCAUUGUAUUGUUUUGUAUGUAAAACAUUGAUCUGCAAAGUAACAAAACGGUCAAAUAAAUGCAGUCACAUAAAAAGUAUUUCCAUUGAAAUGUAUUGAUGUCAGUAAAAAGAAGCAUCCCAUUAAAGUAGUAGUGGUGAGUACACGAACUUUGCAACUGUACUUGGUACUGUUAAGUUAAUGCACUUGUUACAUUUUCUGCCAAUUUAAUCGAGGGAUCAUUGAACAAUGUUCUAGUCAAAUCCACAAGGUGGCGCUGCAGGCCAGAUAUUAGAGGAAUGAUGUCCCAUCCAUCAUCAGGUCCACUAACACUUACAUGUCGUGUGUAUGAACGUUCAGAGUAUAUUGUGAACACAUCAUUGUGAGGCUCAUGUGGGGGGUCAGGUGAUCCACUGAUUGCAGGGUUGGAGGUCCAGUCCUGGGAUAUGCAGUCCAUUUUACACCAAUACAUUGUCUGUUAUUCUUUCACUAUAUGUUAGUUGUUUGUAUUGAUUACAAAAGGUAGUUCCAAAAUAAACGUCUGCCUCCUAGUUUAAUAAAUACAGAUUUAAAAAGCCAGGCAAGUGUACAAUAUUCAGCAAUCACACUCUACACUAAAAAAGAUGAACAUUAAUCUAAAGUAGACCCUCAAUAAAACCUUCUUUAACAAACGACUGUUAUUUUCCAUUAUUCUGUUUUAGAUGUGUGUAUUUUACGCCACAGAAGGAUGCUUUUCGUCAGAAGUGCCCCCCUUGGAAGCUGGUUUCAGAUAGUGGCUUAGAGUAUUAUCAUCUUUCUAGCACCAUUUGAAAUCAGUGCUCUUGGGGUGGGAAGUGUACUCCACUGGCCACGUGUCUGGAGAGGUAUCCACCGGUGUCCAGUGGCGUUCAGCUCAUUGUACUCUCUCUAAGUAUGACCAUUGCUCUUGGUGUUUUCUGUUGUCUGCUUUUUUUCGAGCACCCUUUGAAACUGAUAACUGCGAAGGAAAGAUCUCAUUUAGCAGGUAAGCUGUGCUCUAUUUACAGACUGUGGUUUGACAAUGUUGCUGUUAAUAAUUACAAAUUAAACAAAUUGACACCCUGGAACUUUUAUUGAUGUCUAGAUUGAUGUUUGCAGUGGAGGAGGAAGUGCAAAUGACUGGAACUCACGACAAAACCCGCUCAAACUAACAGCUCUCACCUCUCUCCACAUGUUCAAACAAAAGCUGCAACAAGUCAUAGUUGACUGCAACCUUUUUUCUUUUUUUACAUAGUGUUUAUUAAUUUACCUAUAUUGUUUUCAGCCAUUUUCUCAUGUGUUUAUCAUACUGUAUUAUAUGUGUACUGUUUGUGCCUCUUGGCCAGGUCAUUGUAAAUGGGAAUUGGUUCUCAAUUGAUUUUACCUGGUUAAAUAAAGGUCAUAUAUAAAAGUUUACUCAAUGUAAAAAUCAAUUUUGAGCACUGCACUGUUGUAAUUUUUUUAAACAAGUUAAAGUAAAAUCCACAAGGUGGCACGUUAGUGUAGAAUAUUAGAGGAAUCUUCUUUUUUUGUGUGGGGGGGUGGAUGAGUCUCUGUACCCACAGCUUGUAUUUCAAAUAUGUCAGAAAAUCAAUAGACAGUUUCCAUGUCAAUUCUUAUGAUCAAUAUUAUGAAAUUCUUAUAUAUACACUUGUAUGUAUAAUUUUUACUUGGAUAUGUACUUCACACUUGAAUAACGCAACAUGUUAAUUGAGGUAUUGACUCACUUAUUGCCUUAAACACAACUGCGCUCAAAUAAAAAUAGACUACUCAAAGAAGAUGACAUUUAAUGUCACAUAUUUCUAUAUAAAACUAGACCAUACUAUUGACAAAGUGUUGAUCUGAAUAACUCGUCAUUAAAUAUUUGGCACAUUAAGGUUCACUUAACUUAACUCCUUCCACCAAAAUCCAUGUACUGACGGUGACACGUGGUUGAAAGCUCCUGAAAAAGAAAAUCAAGUAUAGGCUUUGAGUUUAGAUUAUUUUGCCGAAUGAACACAGAGUUAAGAAUUGAUUUUCACACUGAAAUAAAUUAGUUCUAUUUGAAUACAUUUAAAUGGUGUUGAAUUUGGAGAAAACAAGUUGUUCAUUUAAUUCACUUGAUUGAGUGCAUUGGAAUUGUGCCAUUCAACUGUGUGUGGUCUCCUGAGUCGGUGGCUUGAAUCAGCUUGUGUAAGAUAUCAUCUCAUCUUUAGUAACCUGACUCCUGGGGCACAUGAGUGGCGUGUGCAUGCCGACAGAGGCCUGUGAAACAUUCAUGAGCAGAAGGGACCGGAGCACAGUGCGCACUGAGCUGCCAUAACAGGAGCGAGCACAGCUAUGGGGACUGUCGAGGAAACUCUGAAGUGUCCAGUUUGCAAGGAUUUCUUCACGGGUCCCGUCACGCUGCCAUGCGGACAUGACUUCUGUCUCACCUGCAUCCAGGCUGUCUGGGAAACGGAGGGGUCUGAUCAGGGUCCUUUCUUCUGUCCCGAGUGUCAGAUAUUCCUACCCUCUGAUGUCACACUGGAGAUAAACACCAACCUUCAGACCAAGGUAAAGGACUUCGCUGCAAAGAGGCUGUCGACAACAGAUCCAUGGACAACGACAUCAAGCUGGGCAACCAAAUCAUCUUCAACUAUCCACUGUGACCACUGCAUAGAGACACCGUCGGUGGCCAUAAGGACCUGUCUGACCUGUGACGCCGCACUGUGCCCGGCUCACGCCCUGCUGCACCAGCAGAGGUCUGCUCUCAGGGAGCACACGGUCGUGGAGGUGACGGGGGAUCCGCUGUCUCUGAAGUGCCAGGAGCACCGUGAUGAGCUCAAGCUCUUCUGUGUGGAGGAGAUGGUCCCUGUGUGCUGUCUGUGUGUCCUGGUUGGCAUGCACAAGAACCACAAAGUGGUCCAACUCCACGAGGCCUGCACAGACUUCAAGAGCAUGUUGCAGACCACCAUGAGCCAGCUGCUGCAGAGGAGAAGUGAAGCAGAACACGCCAUCAGGGACUUGGAGUCAUUGUAUACACACACAGUGAUGUCUGCUGCAGAUUUCAAGGAGAGGAUCUCGGACAAGUACAGCAGGAUUCGCGUCGUGCUGGAUGGCGAUGAGCGUCUAAUGAUGCAGAUUAUAGACGCAGAGGAGAUGCACAUGACAGAAUGGCUGGAGGCCCAGAGGGGCCACAUGGAGGCUCAGAUCAGAGAGAUCAACAGCCUCAGAGCAUCCAGCAAAUCACUCCUCGAAGAGGAACUUGAGCUGCGGUUCCUACAGGGAGGUUACCUCUUGUUAUGGUGUGAUUGUGAGCAUGUGAAAGGACAAAUGCAGCUCACACGUUUCCUGUGAUUGCUAUACCUACAGUAAUACCUUACCCGUUUAUCUUCAACAGCAAAUCAAAGCACAGAAUCUUUGCAACCCUUUGGAUUUAGCACCAAUCCCAGAGGUAGACAAAGGCAUGUGUGACCUUGAGAAGCUGACAACGGUGGAGAGGCUUGUGGAUGACCUCUCAGUGGCGCUGUCCCAACACUUCCCACGAAUGUGGUCAUAUCUAAGUUCUCCUGCUCUGGACUCCAAGUCAGCGCAUCCAAAACUGGAAAUAUCCCAGGACAGGAAACAGGUGUACUGGAGAAUGCAGCCUGUCAGUGAAGCUCUGAGCCCUCAGCCAUAUGACUCCCAGUACAGCGUCCUGGCUCAGGAGAGUUGCACUGGGGACAGGCACUACUGGGAGGUCAUUGUUCAGGAGAAACCCUACUGGCUCGUGGGUGUUGCCACCGGGCCAGUCGAUAAAGGAGAUGCAGUAAAUCAGAGCUCCUCCAGGCUGGGUGUGAACCAUACAUCCUGGUGCAUCUACCAUGGAGAUGGUCAGUACCUGGCAUGCCAUGGCACCCAGGAGAAGCAGCUGUCAGUGGGAAAGAGAGUCAGAAAGCUGGGCGUACUGGCAAAUCUCCAGAAGGGGGUGCUGUCAUUCUACAACGCUGAUACCAUGACCCUGCUCCACUCUUUCUGUGUGCCGUGCACAGAGCCGCUCUACCCCAUGUUAAACCCGUGUAUUGAUGUGAGUGGACUCAACACACAGCCGCUCACCAUAUUUUGGAUCAAGGAUCACUGGGAUUGGCAUGUAAACACAGAAGUGGCCAAAGAGUGAAUUUGGAGGGAGACCAUAACUGUGUUGUGAACGAGGACUGAAGACUCACCAUUGAAGCAUGUCCCUGUUUAUUCUAUUUGAGUUCACAUUAAGUAACAUUGACUGUCAAACAUGCUAUAUGUAGGUAAACCUGAAACUAAACUCUAAAGAUAAAACAAUUUCAACGUAAAAUAACGGAAAUGUUUAACCUUUUGACAAAACGGUUACGAAGGCAUUCUGGGGAAUAUGCAGUUCCCCAUAACGCACCCUUCACUUCGCUGGAAAGACAUGUCCGUAAAAAAAAGUAAUUUAAACAAAAAGACAGUUUGCUUCUGAACAUUGGAAAAUCAGCAAACAGCUGUGACCCAUUUGACCACACAAUCAAGACAUGAAUUCCAAUUUUGAUAACAUUGAUAUUUUUCCAAACUGUCAUGCAUCGUUCCAGCUACAUAAGGACUCUGCAUGUUAUCUGCCAUAACACACGGCAAAGGGUCUUUUUUAUGCUAGACUUCUUUGAGUCAUCCAUGAUAACGUGGGACCUGAUGUUCAUCUGGUCACAUGACCUCUGUGCUUCUGUCCAUCCUGGAGAGGGAUCCUCCUCUGUUGCUCUCCUGAAGGGUUCUUCACUUUUUUUCCUGUUUCUUGGGAGUUUUUCCUGAUCCGAUAUGAGGUCAAAGGUCAGGGAUGUCGUAUGUGUACAGACUAUAAAGUCCACAAAUUCAUAAUUUGUGAUAUACAAAAUAAACUGAAUUGAAUGUGUGGCACAAUCCUCAAGACGUGCUCUGAUGAUAAAGUUAGCUUCCAAGGUCAAAGAGCAAGACCUUCACGGCCUUCUUUGGUAUCUAGAUUGCUCAACACUUGAUAUUUUCUGCAUAACAGACUUCCUUUAAAAUAGUCUUAACUUGUUUGUCAUUUAAUUUGUUGUCAUACUAUGGCUUUGUUUUAUGACGGACUAUACCAGUGGUUCUCAAACAGGGGUGCAUGAAGGCCCUCCAGGGGGUACGCUGCUGGAAUGGCCCAGCCAAUCACCUGACUUGCAUUCAAAAGAAAACCUAUAGAACAAAUCUCAAGAUUGGUGAAUGGGCCAAAAUAUACUAAAUGUAAUGCCUCUGUCAUUUCUUACAUUUUCUCACAUGAUUAACAUUUGUUAAGUUAUUUUGUAAACAAAUUAAAUUAUUGUAUAAUCA